AUGAGGGAGAAUACUUAUUCACUCUCUGCCACCGAGAGUAAUCAGUCGAUAGACGAUUUUCCGCUACCUCCAGGCACCCCCCUCCAUGCUUCAUUCGACGACGUACAUGCCAAAGUUUCGGUACCAGAGUUCAACAGAUCCUUCCGCUUCCCCAGCAGCAGCACAAUCUCAAGUAUUGCCAAUUCCAGCAAACUCGAUGACCCUGAGAGCGUGCUUAAACGAUUGCGCCAUGAAUCUAACGUCCUUGCUGCGCGUCUUGCUCAAAAAUUUACCGAACUUGAUCCAGCAGGUUGCGAUAGCCACUACGCUCACAGCUCUGAGCAGGAAAAGAAGAGUGACUCAGAAGCACUCUGUAUGAACCAAGUCCGCCCUCAGACAAGUAAUGGCGCAGUGUUGCUGCCCCGAUUUCCAUUUGGUGAAUUUGGCGAAUGGGAUAUAAAUCGAGAAGCAGACGAUACCGAAAGUGAUGGGGAAAACUUGAUUCUACCGCAUGAGCCCCUAUUACCCGAGUAUGCUGGAAUUUCAUAUGCAGAUAUAUCACCAAGGCCCAUUCGGAAAUCUUCGCUCACUGUUUCGAUCCCACCUCACUUUCCUUGUGGCAUAGCUCCUCCAAUCUGCAGCCCGACUUCGAAAGAUUUUACUGUACAGAAUGAAAGAGAUCGUAUUCUACGUGAGACGCGUGAGGCCUCCAGAGCAAUAUCAAAUGCUGGUUUUGACUUUGGGUUUGGCGGAAAUAGAUCGGUCAAUACUGUACCUCUACUAAACCAAGCACCAUCAAACAUUGAUGAGGUCCUUACCAAUAAAUCUAGGAUAGAACCGGCUACAGCAGAUGCUUUGUUAUCACCAAGCAUGAAUUCGGAAGCAAAUUUUGCACCAACACUCGUCCCUGAUGUCGAGAUCGAACCGGCUACUAAAACCACGAUAUUAACAAUACCAUCGAGACUAUCACGUCUGCUUAAUAUACAACCCUACACAAAUGAUUCCAUUCGCUUUGAUCAACCCUGUAGUCCACAGUCUCUUCAGCCAUUUUCUCCUACUCUCUGUGAUUCUGGUACAGCUCUAGAAUUAUCUCCACCCAAAAGUGCGCCACCACGAACACUAUGCUUUGCUGAUGCGCCUGACGCGCUACGUGCUAAUCAAAUCUCCAAUUCCAUGUCUCAAUUCUUACAAAAUUAUUGCCCAAGUCAUGACGAGAAAAUGUCAAAUUGGAGCUUCCUAGAACCGGUAGAGGCACAACCUGAUAUUGACUAUGAUUUAGAUGAACCUUUUACAAGGAAAACGGAACGAAGAAGGCGGCCUAGUUUCUGGGGAAAGAUGAAAAGCUCGCUCUUAAGGAAAAAAAAAAAAAGUCUCUCCGGGCCUAAAGGAUUAUUCUCAUCACUCUGA